AUGCAGCGCUCCCGGGCGGCCGCGGACGAGGCGGCCUUGCUCCUGGCCGGGCUGGCCCUGCGGGAGUCGGAGCCUGGCGGCGACUCUCCGGGCCGCGGGCGGCGGGGGCCGAGGCCGGGGCUGGGAGACGAGGCGGCGCCGGCGCUGGGCCGCAGAGGAAAGGGCGGCGGCGGCUGCGGCCCCGAGGCUGGCGCGGACAGGGGCCCGCCGCGCGCGGCCGUCCCGGAGCUCAGCGCGCAGCCGGCGAGCAGCCCGCGGGCCAGCCUGGCAGGCUCCGACGGCGGUGGUGGUGGUGGCGGCGGCGGCAGCAGCGCGCGCUCCAGCGGCAUCAGCCUGGGCUACGAUCAGCGCCACGGUAGCCCGCGCUCUGGCCGCUCGGACCUGCGUCUCGGCCCCGGACCGCCGUCGGGGGGCAGCGCCCGCUCCAGCGUGUCCAGCCUCGGCUCCCGCGGUUCUGCGGGCGCCUAUGCCGAUCUGCUGUUGCCCAGCGCUUGCCCCGCGCCGGCUCGCUCCCCGGAGCCCGCGGGAACAGCUCCCUUCCUUCUGCCUUCGCUGCCGCUGCCCGCGAGCCGGGAAGGCGGCCCGUGCGCGGCCGAGCGGCGGCUGGAGGCGCUUACCUGGGAGCUGGAGCGGGCGCUGGAAGCGCGCACGGCGCGGGACUACUUCGGCAUCUGUAUCAAGUGUGGACUUGGCAUCUACGGAGCGCAGCAAGCGUGCCAGGCCAUGGGGAGCCUGUACCACACUGACUGCUUCACCUGUGACUCCUGUGGGAGACGGCUCCGCGGGAAGGCCUUCUACAACGUAGGGGACAAAGUGUACUGCCAGGAGGACUUCCUGUACUCCGGCUUCCAGCAGACAGCUGACAAGUGCAGCGUGUGUGGACACCUCAUCAUGGAGAUGAUCCUGCAGGCGCUUGGCAAGUCCUACCACCCGGGCUGCUUCAGGUGCUCUGUGUGCAACGAGUGCCUGGAUGGGGUGCCCUUCACCGUGGACGUGCAGAACAAUAUCUACUGUGUCAGAGACUAUCACACGGUUUUUGCACCGAAAUGUGCCUCUUGUGCCCGUCCUAUCCUCCCUGCACAGGGCUGUGAGACGACCAUCCGUGUGGUGUCCAUGGACAGGGACUAUCACGUGGAGUGUUACCACUGUGAGGACUGCGGGCUGCAGCUGAGUGGGGAAGAUGGACGCCGCUGCUACCCCCUGGAGGGCCACCUGCUGUGCCGCCGCUGCCAUCUGCGGCGCCUCCGGCCUGGCCCACUGCCCUCACCUGCCGUGCACGUCACUCAGCUCUGAGCACCCGUGGCUGUGGA